AUUAUGCAUUAAAAAUCCAUCAAACUUUAUAAUCAUUUCCUGUUGUGUUUACUUUUGAUCAGCUGAGUUUUGUUGUCAUUGUUUUGAACUGUCAUCGAAUUAAGGUGUUUUAUCCACAUUUAACAAUUUGCGAAUAAAUCAAAAUGAACGAAAUAAAAUCUCUCGAACAUGCAACCUUAAAGGUGCCAUAUGAAGUGUUCAACAAAAAGUACAGGAACGCCCAACGUAUACUGGACGUGGAGGCGCGUCACGUCGGCAGCACUGCUACGGAGCUGGACACAGCCGCUAAGAGGGGAGACGUUACAGCGGGGGAGAUAGACACAUUGCUUGGUGGAAUGGUAGAAAAGCUCACGACAAUGAAACGCAAAGCUUCUGAAGCUAUCAAUGAGGAAGUACAAGCAGCUAAUGUUUGCAAAAAGCGCCUCGAUCAUCUCAAGGAACAAGCUGAGGCUUUACAGGAUCCCGCUGCCGCUCAAACGUCUCUGAAUCAAUGGCGCAAAGUUCGCUUGGAUCGUAUGCUGGUGGACUACUUCCUGAGGACCGGUUACUACGACUCAGCCACCAAGCUGGCUGACGCUAAGGAUCUGCGCGACCUCACUAACGUUGACAUUUACCAGGCGGCGGCGGAGGUGGAGCGCGAGCUGACUGCGCGGCGCACUGCGCGCUGCCUGCAGUGGUGCGCAGAUAAUAAAUCUAAGCUGCGCAAGCUCAACUCAACCAUGGAAUUUAAUAUACGUAUACAGGAGUUCAUAGAGCUGGUGCGCGAGGAGAGGCGGCUGGAGGCUGUGCGUUACGCCAAGAAACACUUCUCCACAUACGAGGAGGGUCAGCUGCGAGACAUCCAGCACUGCAUGGGGAUGCUCGCCUUCCCCAAGGACACAGAGGUGGAGCCAUACCGCAGCCUGCUGUCUGAGAGACGCUGGGUGUCCCUGGUGGCGCAGUUCCGCGGAGAGCACGCCCGUCUGCUGCACCCUGCACGUCUGCCUCCUCUCACUGUCACUCUGCAGCUCGGCCUCGCCGCACUCAACACACCUCAGUGCUUCAACGAGAGCACGAAGGUGUCGUCGUGCCCGGCGUGCGCGCCGCCGCUGAACACGCUCGCGCGCACGUUGCCGCACGCGCACUGCUCGCACUCGCGUCUGCUCUGCCGCAUCUCCAACGAGCCACUCAACGAGCACAACCCGCCCAUGGCUCUGCCCAACGGACAGGUCUACGGGGAGAAGGCGCUGAAGGAAAUGAUGAAGGAACACGGAUCGAUCACCUGCCCAAAGACCAAGGAGGUGUUCUGCAUGAAGCGCGUAGAGAAAGUCUAUGUUAUGUAAACCUGCAUAUUUAUAUAAUUUUAUUAAAUAUAUGCCAUGUACUAGCAUUUAAAAACCAACUAUAUUUUAUAUAUUAUACUCUACAUACUUUUAUAACCCCGAACUAAGACUCGGGUUAUAUUAAAAUUG